AAUAUUACUACAAGUUAUUAUUCAGAUGAUUCUUAUGUCUCAACCUACCUCUUUCUUACAGACAUCCCACCUGCACCCUUUAUCUCACAGAACUCAUCCCACUAUAUCUUCAUCAAGGGGGAAUCUGUCACUUUAACAUGUUUCAUUCCUAAUAAAUAUUUAGCAUAUCAGAUUGAGUAUUAUAAGCAUGGAAUAAAAAUCCACACAGAGGAGACAAAUGAGAACGAUGUAAAGCAUGUCAUAUCUACUAGUGCCCAAGGGGCUGCAGGAAACUAUUCCUGUACUUAUUGGACCAAAAUAUCUGGCAGAAACAUGAAAUCUUUGCUCAGUAAUACUUUGGAAAUCAGAAUAACAACCCACCCUCCUGCACCCUCUAUCUCACUGAGCCCUUCACACUCUGUCUAUAUUGUGGGUGAGCAUGUCACUCUGUCAUGUUACCCUCCUGAUUCAUAUAAAGCAAAAGGAAUCCAGUAUUUCCACGAGGGCAAAGAAAUCCACUCUACCACACAUGUUAUCUAUACAGAAGUCAGGAGCUCUGCUGGAAACUAUUCCUGUGGAUACUGGAUUGAAACCCACAACAGAAAUAUAAAUUCAAUGGCCAGUGAUUAUGUGACAAUUGUAAUAACAAACAUUCUACCUCCACCCUCCAUCUCACUGAACCCAUUCCACUCUAUCUACAUUAGGGGAGAAACAGUCACUUUGACAUGUUCUGUUCCUGAUGGAUGUGUAGCAAAUCAAAUCCAGUAUUAUCAGCAUGGAAGGGUAGUCCAAGCAAGGCUGACAGAUGAGAGAACUGUGAUGUUUGUCAUAUCCACUAAUAAUGCUGAGGUGGCAGGAAAUUAUUCCUGUAGUUAUACGACCACCAAAUUUAGCAGAAGCAUUAAUUCUUCAGUUAGUAGUUCUACAAACCAAGACCACCUUCCAUCAUCCUGA